UGCAGAGGCACCUGUCCAUUCUUCUGUAUGCAUGUCCUGCAGCAGCUCUGUGAGAUUGUGAAGCUGUGAGGAGGAGACACACAGUUUAUCAUCAGGUUGUGUCGUCUUUGUGAUGCUCAUGGAAGUGUGAGUUAAAGCCCACCCACCCAUACAAACUAACCAAAGGAUUCAGGACCACCAGAGGUAGCCCAAAAUAUCCCACCGGAGCACAUCUUCUCAAAAACAUGACAGAGGAAGGCAUCAUGCUGGAUGAGGUGCUUGUGAACGAGCAGCCGUCCACAGACACAGAGGAGACAGCGCCAUGUUUCCAGACUCCGGGCCCCACUGUCACCUUCCACAAUCUCCGCUACCGCAUCAAGGAACGAUUAGGAAUGUUUAGUAGGCAGUGGGUUGAAAAGGACAUCCUCAAAGAUGUCAGUGGCAUCUUGAACCCUGGAAUGAAUGCGAUUAUGGGCCCUACUGGAAGUGGGAAGACAUCGCUUCUGGAUGUCAUUGCAGGACGGAAAGAUCCUAAGGGCUUAAAAUCAGGCCAGGUUCUAGUUGACAACACCAUUGUGACCUCUGACCUCAGACUCUGCUCUGCCUAUGUAGUUCAGAAUGACAUUCUGAUGGGUACUCUGACCGUAAGAGAGAACUUGGCGUUCUCUGCCAAUCUCCGCUUGUCACGCAAAGAGUAUUCCUCAGCUGACAAACAGAUGAGGGUCGACUCCGUCAUCCAGGAGCUUGGCCUGAAAGAUUGCGCAGAUACUAAGAUUGGGACGAUGUUUUUGCGUGGUGUUUCUGGUGGAGAGAAGAAGAGGUGCAGCAUCGGGAUGGAGCUCAUUACGUCCCCCUCCCUCCUGUUCCUGGAUGAGCCCACCACAGGCCUGGAUGCCAACACUGCCAACUCCAUCAUGGAACUGCUGCAGAAGCUCUCCAAACAGGGUAAGACUGUCAUCUUCUCCAUUCACCAGCCACGCUACUCCAUCUUCAGCCAGUUUGACCACCUCACACUCAUGAAUAAAGGAGAAAUCAUCUACGCAGGGGCCGCCAACAAAGCCAUUACCUACUUUGAGGGCUUGGGUUACAAGUGUGAGCCAUUCAACAACCCGGCAGACUUCUUCCUGGACGUCACAAACGGAACCGUCCUUUCUCAAAUACACAACAAUAAAUCAGAGAAGUGUAGCAACAGCGAUGAGAUGGUGGAGAAUGAAAACCCUCUGGCGGUAAUUUACAGAAAGUCCCCUCAUUUCCUCAAUGUAAAAGACAGACUCAUUCAGAUUUCAGAUGGGCUUGACCCUGAGGUCACUAAAGGUGACAGGGUUGGGUACGCCACACCUUUCUAUUACCAGCUCAUGCUGGUGAGUGGCCGCACCGUAAGACACAUCUUGAGGAAUCCUCAGACGUCUUAUGCCCAACUGUUCCUCAACAUUUUCUUUGGUAUUUUAGUGGGACUGAUCUACUACCAGAUCCCACACACUUUACCAGAGGCUCUUCAGAACAGAACGGGAGCUUUCUUUUUUCUAGUCAUUAACAUGGUGUUUGGCAAUCUGUCUGCGGUGGAGCUCUUCAUCAGCGAGAGAGUGCUCUUCAUCCAUGAGAACUCGAGUGGUUUCUACCGCACCUCUGUCUACUUCCUGUCCAAAGUGUUUGCUGACCUCAUACCAAACCGCAUCCUCCCCGUCUUCAUCUUUUCUGCCAUCCCGUACUUCAUGAUGGGCCUGAAGCCUGAUGUGGAGGCGUUCUUCCUGUACUGUGUGACCAUGAGUAUGGUCAGUCUGUCAGCGGUGAGCUUGGCCUUCCUGAUCAGCGCCAGUGUGGGCUCCUUCGCCAUGGCUAACAUCCUCAUCGCACUGCCUUAUGUCGUAAUGAUGGUGUUUGGGGGUUUCCUAGUGAACCUGAAUUCCAUGCUGAGCGGGAUGUCCUGGCUGAAGUGGGCCAGUAUAUUCCGAUAUGGCUACAAUGCACUUGCCAUCAUCGAGCUAAAAGAUCAAGUCUUUACCAGUAACUACACCAGCAUGACAGGUGACAUGUAUCUGGAUCAUCAAGAGAUCGACUACAGCACUUGGGGCUUUUGGCAGAACCAGGUAGCUCUGACAGGUAUUAUGUGCGUGUGUCUGAUUCUUACUUAUGUGCAGCUGCGUCGGAUCAAUCGCUGGAAGUGAAGGAAUGAGUUUUUAUUUUUUUUAACCCUUUGCAUCAUGAAAUCAUACACGUACAGAGAAAUGUGUCAGCCAUACACAGAAUCCACAGCUCACUACCUCAGUACUUCAAAUCGGCUAACUCUGAAACUACCUGUGGCAUAAAGUAUGUAAUUGUUUGAA